CCCAGUGUCAAAGAGCAGAUUACCUGCAAAAGAAGACCAGUUAAUAAUUGACCGCACUCAACCCAAAAAAUGACCAACACGAAGAACAACGACGACUCCUUCGAGAACUCUUCGCUUUCUCCUACAAUUGCAUCGUCAUUCGCAAACGAUGGCCGCGCAAAUGAUUCGUCCUCUGGCAAUCAAAACAGUGAUGUCCAGGCAGCCAGACGAGGUCUUUUAAAGGCGAUUUGGCAAACGGCAUUUGCACCUCGGUUUUCAUCGAGACCGAUCGACUUGCAGACGACCAACCCGAACUCCUCAGCGAGUCCGUUUUCGUCCAAGCCAAUCGACAUGGAAGAGUACUUUUUGUCAAAUCGUACCGGAGGAGGCAGCUUCGUGCGGCAAAACAGCUGCGUAACUGUUGGAACGACAGGCACAGGUGGCGACAACAGUUUUUCUGGUUCAAGACGGCCAAACGAGUUUCAAAAUUCUCUGCAAGAAUCUUCUUUGUUGACGCCGAGCGAAAGGGGAUACCUGCAAGGACUGCUUCAAUCGGAAGAUACCGAAUCUAUUAGAAGAGCGAGUGCGAGGUUGUMCGACAAAGAGAUCUUUCCCUCCGCCACAGAUAGUGACGACGAGGAAGCAGAAGCGACGAACGAAGGUUCACUAGAUGAAGCACCACAGACAACAAAGAGAAAAUCCAUGCCACUGCCACCUACAUCGACACCGCCUCGACGGCGCGAUUCCCAAGUACAAGAACAACUGUUGGAAUGGCACGAGAAGACGACAAUCAUGCCCAGUGUGGUUCUUCAGAGAAUGAGUAGCAAUCAAUCCGCCAAAAAAGUGGCAACAAUACAACCGAGAACGAUUCCUCCGAAUAAUUCAUUAACGCAAGAUGACACCCAGGAGUCCUCUUUAGACUAUCCUUUCCCAUCAAGUGAUGAGAUGGAAGAUGAAAAAGAAGGCAACGAUUGCACAAUAGAGCAAGAACGUGUGGGAACGAAUGACAAUUGCAACCAAAAUGAAAAGACAGGAAAACUCGGAGAUACGAAUGAUGUUCCGGUGAACGAGCAAUCAUGGAACUCCGAGCUACCAGAUCUCAAUACGUGGAUGUCUCGGACGGAAGGCGUCGAGGUGGACGAAGAGGGCUACCCUUCGGAGACAGCGAACAUGACCUCAAAUCCUUUCAAGAUUCUUGGCACGUCAGCAGACGACGUCUCGGUUCAACCAAUGGUUCUAUCCCCGCCACUAAUGGAAGGUUUGCAAAACUUCAUGCCGGAAUCACUGCAGGAACACCAUUACUGGCUGAAAUACUCAAUGGUGCGAGACGGGCCCGGUCUUAUGAAGUUGCUCAGGCACUGUCGAGGAUCGCAACACACCAUCCUAGCCAUCGAGAGCACGGACGGUUACGUUUUUGGGUCCUUCACGUCGCAACCAUGGAGAAUGACAUCUCCAAGUAAAGGCACAAAUCAAUAUUAUGGCAGCAAAGAAUCAUUUGUCUGGCGAAUGAGACAAUCCCGAUUUGAGCCCUGCGAAUCGGUUGUGGAACAAAUACUGAUGGAAAGCAAGAUGGAUGUAUUUCCGUUCACCAGUCGAAACAACAGGGUGCAAUCUUGCACGAAGAACGGCAUUUCAUUGGGUCACGGAGAGAUCAAAGAGGAGGUCGAUGCGGAAGAAAUUGAGCGCGAUGAAAGUUCGACGAAGAGUAACCCCGAAGAUUGCCAUUAUGGGCACGCUAUUACACUAGACAAAACAAUGGCGACUGGGUUCACAAGUUCCAGCGAAACCUUCGGUAAUCCCUGCCUGAUAGAAAGAGAAAGCAGAGGAAAGAAGUUUGUGGUUGCAAACGUUGAAUUGUGGACAAUGACGCCGCACGAAUCUGUAGAGAAUGCGGACCAUGCCGAGAUGAGAGCAUUGUUCCUAGAAGAAAACCGCCAGACGGACAAAAACCUGAAUCUGAUCGAAAUCCUGGUUGGAAACCACAAGAGUCAAAAAGUUACUGUCGCGUGAGCCAAUGCAGCGCACUUAUUUAUCUGACGUUGUAAAUAGGGUUCAAGAACUGUGUGCACUAAAAGUAAUUCAUGAUUGUACCUUCAUUGCUUGUUGCUCCUCUACUAGUUCUUCGGUAAUCGCUACUUCUAUUCAUUUGUGUGAGACAGCAGAAGUUAUGAACGGAUGAUACCAGAUUCUUGCUUUCAUUGUUUUCAAACAUAACAGAAAAAAUUUCGUUUGUUCCCACUAAGGAAAGAGUGAAUCUUGAAAAUUGGUUCAAGUUUGAUUGUAUGAACUUGAUUUUAUUAGAAUGUUUUGUUGUAAGUAUGCUAUUCUAUAUAUAUAUAUGAGUUGCAGCACAUUGGAUUACAAUUCAUAUAACAUAUUCAUAAAUGUAUAUUUAUUUUACAUAGUAGUAGUGGCAUGUCUGUGGGCAUCAUGAUGAAGGCAUAGUACUAGUACAAUAGUCUACUACUAUGUACCUAGUACACCAGGACUGAUAAUAUUUUUUAUUUUCAGAUAAUAAGAUCUAAUAUAACAGCGAAACUAGUACCAAUUCUACACAAACCAGUCAAAAUUUGUGAUCAAGAUUGAUCACAAAAAAUUGAUUACAAAUUUGUUAUUUCUGAUCACAUUUUUUUGUGAUCAAAACUGAUCACAAUUUUCCAUACAAGGAAGGGGGGCCUGGGAAUCUAAAUUUUUCCUCAAAAAUUGAAAUCGACAUGGUUCCUGGUACCAAAAAAUUCGAAAUCACGAACGUUACUGUGUCUAUCAAGUGAAACUCUGAACAGGAGAACAAUGGGACGUCUAUUUUUCUUUAUCGUCGUUCGUCUCUCCCAUUUUUGAUAUCACACACUAUCGACUAUGUCAGUGGGAGAGAACAAGGAUCAACGACCAGUUGGAAAAGGUUGCAAAGCCAUUGGCUGGGAAGAAUAGAACAGAUCGAAGUUCACGUCUAUCAUGAUCACGUCUAUCAUGAUGGAUUCUUCAAGCAGAAAUACCAGGAAUACCUGGCUCUCGAACCACAAGUGUUAUUUGAUUAAUGCAGUUACUGCUAGUUUGAUCGGGUCAUUUGGGUUCUUCUAUGCAGUAUCUUCUUUUUGUCUCGAAAGAACAUUUGGAACCACAACUUAUACAAGCUCGAACCGUCUACAUCAUCGCCACCACCAUCUGUAUUUUUCGACCAGGUUCCAAUAUUCUUUGGAAGCAGGAGUAGAAGUGGAACCGGAAUCAUACCAGACCUCAGUACAAUACCCGUGGAAAAGGGCAAUCAUCGAUUAUUCCGGAGCAAACGAAUACAUUGAGGCACAUUAUGGAAGACAUCCCUCGCUCCAAUCAGACUCUUGGACGAACGCUUCCGUUUCGUACUUUUCGAGUGGAGGCGUUCGUGGCGAUAGAGCGGAAGAAGAUAUUUACGAUGCAAGGGAACUCAUGGCAAAAACUAAGUCAACAUCAAGUAACACGAGUUGUAGCUCUCUCUACCACCGCAGGUUUAUGGAAUCAUAUGGAAUGACGCUUUUGAAUGCUCCAACAAGUGUGACGGAAUGGAGAAACGAACGAGAGAUCGAAGACAUUUACACGAAAGAAUUGGAAGACAUGCUUCCCUCUCUGUUUUCGAGCAAAAUCAUGAUGCAUUGUUUCUGGAAUCCUAUGCUGAGAGGUGAAAACCUCGAGGUGUCAUCUCCCCGGAGUCAGCAAGUCGACAACGUAGAUCGUGUAGAAGGCAAACAUUCAGUUUCGAUUUCUACCGCAAAUGUUGCUCCUGCCGUCCACAUCGAUACUGACGUCGGUGCGUAUGCAUCUCUCGAUGAGUUUCUCGCAAUCGUCGAAAAGAAUCGAGUGAUAGGGCAACGAGAAGGAGACGAAGCAUCAUUCGAUAGAGAGUGGUGCAAAACAUGCAUAACAAUGGACCGAAAGCGCUUUGCCGUUGUCAAUUUCUGGCGUAACACCAAUCGUAAUGUACCCGUCACCAAGAGACCUCUCGCGGUACUGUCAACCAGGUACAGUGUUGUCGACAGUGGAAGUAUUGCCAACAGAAGUCUCCCGGCCUUUCCUUACUCCCGUCCAGACAUGGAGCAGAGCAAAUGGUAUACCUAUCCGAACAUGACAAACGACGAGGUGCUUGUAUUCUAUCAGUACGAUAGAUUAGUGACACAGCCCUCUGAUCUUUGGCAUUGUGCUGUGUCCAUAGACGAGGACCGUGCACCAGAAAACAAUGAAUAUAAUGGCAUCACUUCCCUUUCCGAUAACGCGGAACGACUCACAACUACGCGGAUGCACCCGCCCAGAGAGUCCUUUGACAUUCGAGCUCUUAUAGUGUUCGACGAAAAAGUACCUCCAGACAAAGAUCGGUACCAUUCGGAACGUCUGCGGCCCGUUCUUACUUUUGAAGAAAGUGGCUGUUUUUGCGACGAGCAAGCAUCGUUAAGAACCUAAUAAUGCAAAUGAGCAAUGAGGAUCUUUUUCAU